AACGUCCAGUCCUGGUCCAGGAUGAUGACCGUGAAGAGUAUCUCCAAGAAGUAACAGUGGAUGGCAUAGAUAUAUGCCCGGCACAAAGUGUUCAGCGGAUGCAAGGUCUUCUCCAUGCCUUGUGACCUGCAAGAGACAAGAGGAUCAGCCGUUGGAAAGGGCAAAGCGGAUGCAGGGAUUCCAAAUCUGGGAAGCAAGGAGUUAAAGAACUCAACCAGACCCCCCUCCUUGGAGCAUCUGCCUACGAACAGGAAACCAUCCAGCAGAAGGAGACUGUGAGAAUGUGAUUCUCCUCCUCCCCUGCCUCUGGUACAUUUCCCUUUUGCAUCCAUUUGCUACUUCUCCUAUUCUCAUCCCAUACACUUUCUUCCCACCCUCUUUCUCUUUCUCUUGACUUCACCCCAUCAACCAGCAUUUUCCAUCUCUCCCCCCAGUUUCUGGGAUCUCUUUCUGGGAUCUGCUUGCUUUCUUUCCAGCAGCCAGUGGUGUGCAGUGUCUAUGGGUUUUGUCCAUAGAUUUUGCAAACCUCUUCAGCCCCCCAACUUCUCCUGAAGCCCAGCAUUUGGAAGAAAAGACUUGGGAGGCGGAAGAAGGGGCUGAAGCAACAGGGGUGGCAUUGGAGGGCUGGUUUAGGGGGCUCUCCUUCCUCUGUGCCAUGCCCAGGCUUUGCGGCUGAAUUUUUCAGAUCACAGACCACAAUGUUGGAUUGCCAUCCCUGGCCACUAUUGUCUCCUACCUAGAGAUGCUUUGGAUGGUUGACUGUAGAGCCAUCGUCUUCUAAGCCUGCCCCUUACUCACGAGGAGACUCCACCAUUUCUGCCCAGGGCCAAACUGGACAAAGGACGGGCGCCAAAGACCACGUCACCAUGCCCGAGGGAGCCCGACGGGGCAGCACCAAGAAAGCAGGCAAGGCAGCAGCGCCCAGGCCUUCGUCCGUCUCCUCGCUGGGUGGCAUCAGUUCCAGCAUGGCAUCCGACCCCAUUUUGGGCAGCUGCACCUCUGUGAACACCGUCUGUUCGGACAGCGACCGUCCCAUCAGCCUGAGCUCCUCAGCGUCUUCAGCUUCUCUCCAAGACAGCCAUAGUGCCUUUGGCAGCAGUGGAGGGCUGGGGGGCUGCCCCCCGUCUUACCCUCACCAAAAUGGCAGUGAUAUCAGCCUGGAUCUUACGCCGGUGGCCUUCUUGGACGGGCCGGGUGGGGACGUCCCGGCGUACCCCAAGGAACACUCGGGCUGGUUGUCAUGUCCCGGCAGGGCCAAAGAAAGGCGGAUGAAGCUUUCCCACUUGGACCGGGUGGUGAUGGAGAUUGUUGAAACGGAGCAAGCCUAUGUGAGGGAUCUCAGGAGCAUCGUGGAGGAUUAUCUCGGCUGCAUCAUUGACUGUGGGCAGCUGCCGCUCAAACCUGAACAAGUCAACGCCUUAUUUUGCAACAUAGAAGACAUCUAUGAGUUCAACAGCGAACUGCUGGAAGACAUGGAGAGAAACCCCAGUCCCCACGCUGUUGCAGAGUGCUUUGUCCAAAGGAGUGAAGAAUUUGAUAUCUACACCUUGUACUGCAUGAAUUACCCCAACUCUGUCUCGGUCCUGCGGGAAUGUAUGGAGAAUGAAGCCUUGGCAAAAUUCUUCCGCGAGAGACAAGCCUCGUUGUCGCACUCGCUACCCUUGGAGACGUACCUCCUGAAGCCCGUCCAGCGGAUCCUGAAGUACCACUUGCUGCUGCAGGAACUAGCCAAACAUUAUGACAAGAGCAGCCCUGGCUAUGAAGCUGUGGAAGAGGCUAGCAUCACUAUGACAGCUGUGGCUUGGUACAUCAACGACAUGAAGCGCAAGCAGGAACACGCCACUCGGUUGCAGGAAAUCGAGGGGCUUCUGGUCGGCUGGAAUGGCCCAGAGCUGGGAGCGUUUGGGGAGCUGAUCUUAGAGGGGCAGUUCCGGGUGCCCAGGGCCCGAAAGGAAAGGGUCUUCUUCCUCCUCAGCAAAGUCAUCCUGAUUGCCAAGCGACGGGGCGAUGCCUUCAUCUACAAGAGCCACAUCUUUUGCUGCAACUUGGCGCUGCAGGAGAACACCAAGGACCCAAUGAGCUUUAAAAUCUCUGACCUCUCCAUUCCCAAACAGCAGCAUGUUGUCCAGGUGAGAAACCAGGAGGAAAAAAGACUGUGGAUCCAUUAUUUGAAGCGUUUAAUAGUGGAGAACCACCCAGCGUCCAUUCCUCAGAAGGCUAAGCAAGUUCUGCUGGAGAACAGCUUCCAAAGUUCUCCUGAGGUCUCCUUCAGCACUGAGUCUCCAAAGAAGCCCCUGCCUUCUCCGCGGCUGGAUGAGUGCAAGGCAUCUGCCCGCAACCGGCGGCAAUCGGAGCCUCCCGAAUACAUGUACAGUCCGGAAAGAGCUCGCCGGAGUUGCCCAGUCAUAGCACUGGAGAAGAGUGGGUCGUAUUGGCGAGGACGCAGGCAAUCGGAACCAGCAAAGGAUUCCCAGGUCCUGUUCCAUCAGGCAGAGGUGGCCAAAUUAAAGCAUGCCGAUAGCGAUGGGGAGCUGUUCCCAGACACUGAGACCCUCCAUCCCUCUGGAAGCUGCUCUUCUACCCUACCUUCAAGCAUUGGGGAAACGGGAGGUGAAGAGUCCGACCGGGACAAAGGGGAGAUGGAGUUCUCCCUUGCCGAAGAGUCGAUCCCAACCAAUUUGUCCAUCACAGAAGAGAUCCUGGAAUUGCUCAGCCAGAGAGGGCUGGACAAGGAUGCUGGAAGAGAGGGAACCUUUUUGGAUGAAAGGAGCUUGGAGGCAAGCCGACUGGCUCCACAGGACCAUGGAGAAGGGCAGGAGAAAGGAGAAGAGGAAGAGGUAAAGGCAGAACAUCAAUUCCUGGAGGAUCCUUCCUUAGACGCCAUCCAUGUGCCUUCUCCAACAAGUUCCCCCCAUGAGCACCCUCCUCUGAUGCUUCGCCACCCUUUCAACAGUGACUCUUCGGAAGAAGAGGACCAACCCCGUCACGAAGGGUCAGAUGGACCUUCUCCCCUCCAUGUUCUGGAAGAUUUGGGCAUGGAGGAAGCCCACUGCGGGAAGCCAGUGGAGAUCAUCAAUGAGGAUGCCAAUGUGGGUCAAGAGAUGGCAAGAGAUGGGUUGACCUUGUCUCCUAAGGACACUGACAAAUCCCACCAGCCAGCCCCAUGCCUCCGUAGCUCAUUGGUUGGACCGAACCGAGAGGAGAAGAAGGUCAAGAAGAUGGAGGAGGGAUUUAAACGGGACUCCACAUUGACCAAGGAGGACUGGCUACUGAUUGAGAAGAUCAAGAACUACUACGAAGGGGUGGAAGCAAUGGUAGGGAAGGCAGCAGAAGUGGGCAAGAAGGAUUAUGCUCCUCCUCCAGUGCCGCCAGGGGUGGUCCGAGAGUCCAUCCUCCGAUUCAAUAGCAUCCUUAGGCAGAAUGACCCACCGGACUGGGAAAUGGGUGGGGCCAAAUUCAGAAAGCCCCGCCCACAGUCCGCCGCUGCUGCCGCCACCCAUGAAGACUCUAAUAGAAGCCGAAGCCAAUCAUGUGACACACAGUGCGCUUCGGGCCAUGAAGAUUGCAAGGAGGGGAGGAGCCAAUUGUCAGUAAACGCAGAACGUACCAAAGGGGGGCGGAGCUGUUCUGAAGGCGGUCAAUCACCAGGCAGGGAUGAGCAUUCUGGUCAAAGCGAAGUCCAAUCAUCCCGUCCCUGCUGUGCAAACUCUGAGAAGGAGCAGAACCUAUGUAGUGACACACCGUCUAGCGCUACCCCAAAGGAUUCUGGGAGAGGAAGGAGCUGUCCGGAGUACAGAAGUGAGUGCAGCUUGGAGGAGGACCCAGAAGAAUCCGAGUUCAGAUCCUGCGCAGAAAUCCGGAGGGCUUGGCAGGAGAAGGAGCGGAAAACCAUGGAGAAAGGAGUCGAGGCGGGGAGCAGACGAUCCUACGCCUCCCCCGAAAAAACGCCAUACGUCGAGCCUCUACGCAUUGUCGAAGAUUCGGACCUAGAAGAGCUCCCUCCAGUGCCAAGCAAAGAUCCAGAAGGGGCAACCCACAGUGUAGGGGCAAAGGGAAAGUGGGUGGUGGAGAUUCCCACGGAUGAGUCUCCCAGGUACCUCCCCAGCCUGGACAUUUACGAGAACAACGGCGGUGACCCGUGUCUUCUGGAGAACUCAGAACGGAUCAUCAGCAAAGUCCAGGCCCUGGCAAAGAUGUAUAGUGAGAAGAUCAACAGGAUGAAAGUGCAAAAGAGGGGGCCGGGGAUGCGGCCCCGGGUCCCACACCGGAAGACCCCCAAUAGGACCUUGGUUGGGGUGCAGGAGGGGAGGCCAGGAGCCAGUGUCCCCCACUGUGAGCCACGAAUCUAUGGCCAUGUCCUCAUCCAUGAACCCAUCCAGCAUGUGAUCAGGGUCCAGGAAAACACACCUCUUCUCGCCGCCACCCGGGGCACCGCUCUUGAAUUGCGCAGUGAAAGGCCGGCACCACUGCUUUCUCCGGAUCUCUUGGGUCCCCUCCGGCAGGCCUUGCUGUGCCCCCCAUCCAUCCCCCAAGAAUCAGCAGCUCCCCAAGAAAGAGACUUACUAGAAAGUUCCAUGGCCCCUGAAUGUAAUGUGGAUGCCUUGAUCCCAACAGUACAUCACAAAGAGAGAGAGUCUCCUCUGCCCCCCAAAUCCAUAACUGAGGUGCAGCAGAGCCACACAAAUGGAGAGGAGACAGCCAAAGUGCCAAGGGACGUGGAAGAGGUGGCAUGGUCUUCUUCUGAAACCCAACUAGAGGCAUCUACAGAAACUGGCAUGCCUUGCUUUUCCCUAGAAUCACAGUCAACGCUCAAGGACCCAGGGAACACAGACAUUUCCAUGGUUUGUGGCGCCACCGAGGCACCCAAACCCAGGCUACCCAGUUCUACAGUGGCGGAAGGGACCUUGCCGCAGAGAGAGGAGAGGCCUCCAUCCCAUCAGAGUGAUGUCAGCCAGGCAGAAAGUUUUUUGAAAAGAACCACUCCUUCCCCUUCCCUAGAGUUGGGGGAGAGCAAUCAUGUGGAUGCAGAGGCACCAGUUUUGAGCAAAGACCCUUCCGAAACACUUCCUGGACUUCACUGCUCGGUGACCCAGAAUUCAGUCCCUGUCCCAGAGAACUCAAAGCCCUUGCAGCUCACUUCCUCGGGGAUUGCAGAAGCCACAUUGUCUGACAUCCCUUGCAUGCCAUCACCCCCUAGGAUGGGGGCCUCUUUACAGGACUCUCUUCCUGCCCCCACAUCUGGCUCAGACUCCCCCACUUCCAUCCAGGAGCAAAGCCCAAUGGCCCCCCUUCCAAAGCUGUUCCCCACUUCGCCAGUCCGCAGGUGUCUCUCCUCCAGUGCCGCCGCCAUCUCCAGGUACAUUGCCGCCUCCUGCAUCAGUCAGAGCUUGGCCAAGAAAAAUGGCGCCCCUCAACCGGAGGAACUCCAAGCGUCGUCCUUCAGGCCUCUCACACCCCCAAGGGUCCCGGCAAACCCUUUAGCUUUGCUCCCCAAGGCAGCCCCCAGGGGCUACGGUGUCCAGGGCAAGCCUGAGGCCUUGUUCCCUAGAGACACUUCCCAAGGCAGCUCCGCUUCUCUUUGCUUUGGUUCUGGGCUCUACUCUCCUACCCGCCAUAGAGCUUUCUCUUCUGCCACCCAGGCCUUUGACCGCCACGCUCCCUUCUCUUCCUCCUCGGAGCCCAACUCCCGAGUCCAGUCCCCCUUGCCCAUGAAGCCCAGGAUCUGCUCCCCUCCGCCGGCCAGGCCCCGUGGCUGCACCUUCACCCCAUUGUGUGCCCAUCCUCAUGGGCAACAGCCCGCCCAUAUGGCUUCCCCAGUAGCCUUGGCCCCAAAUCCUGCCAUCAGGGCUUUACCUCAGUUUUCCCACUCAAGACCACGGGGCAACAGUCUACCCAACAGCGGGCUGACAGAGAGCCUGGCCUCAAAUGGGGGCCACAUGCCAUUGGGGUGCAUCCCAGGGCCUCAACGCAAUGACUCUGGUUCAUCUCCUGGUGGCCAGUCUCAGGAACUAGGUGGUAUCAAGUGGCCAAACGUGCCAGGCCUGUGCCUCAAAUAUGUGAACCGAGAACGUAGCUAUCAGAUGGAGGAGGUGGAACGCUGCCCCAAACCAGACUUCCCCAUCACUGUGGAUGUGGCACGGGCCCCUGAGAAGAACCAGCAGAAGGUCAGCUAUUCCACGACGGUCAACAUCCAGAUCGGUGGGAGCGGCAGGAUCGCCUCUUUUAGCAACGCACAGGUCAGUCUGACCCAUCCUCUCCUGGCCACAUCGGAGCAGCUGAGCCUCAGGAAGGUCAAUGGCAGCGCUUGGGAAGCGCCCUCCAAAACGUGAAAAAUGUGACGCGGUGACCGCUCAAGGCUUUGGUUGGGUCCCAUUUCCCAGUUCUUGAGCAAAGGAUUGGCCCUACUAACAUUGCACCCGGGAAGCAUUUGGGGAGAAGGUAGACGGAGUGGGAGAGUUCAUGAUGGACGUGGGUUUAAGAGUUUGGCAACAAAGAAUGGCUUUCUUGCAGGCUGGAGGCGGAUGAGGAGCAUUCCCUGGUUUCCAAUCUGCCUUAAGGAAAGGUCUGCUCGCCUGCUUUCCACCCCCGUAUUGCAGCAGCAUCUUUUGCUCUCAAGUCUGGCUUGAGUCAAUCGCUGUUAAUUGGUGGCAGCAGGUGAGCCAUCUUGAGCCCAGGAGGGAAGGCUACGGAAGCAAACACACCACUGGGUUUGGGCUGUUUUGUUUUGUUUUUAAAUAUGCAAUUCUCUUCCUCUCUCAGACACACACACACACACACACACACACACACAUACGCACACACAUUUUUUGCACAAGUCCCUGCUCCUUUGAGAAGGUAGAACCAUGAAAAUUUAAAGGCAUCUUUGCAAUUUUUGUUUCUCACUAUUAUGCCUUGAGCGGUGCUUUAGGCCAGUGGUUCCUAACCUUUGGCUCGCCAGAUGUUUGGGAACUCAACUUCCAGAAGCCCCAGCCAUCAUAGCCCAAUGUCCAGGAAUUCUGGGAGUUGAAGUCCUGAGGUCCAUGGAACCAAAGACUGAGAACCAGUUAUUCAAAUGGAUGAUAAAGACAAUCUUUGAAUAAAGUCAUGAUGAGUUGCUAUGAAAGUCUCUUGUUGCUCCAAUAGAAGGCUACCUGAUUUCUAAUUGCAUUGUAGUUAUCAGAUUCAGGGUAUUCCUGUAUUUGUUUGCAUUCAACAUCCAUAAUCCUUGAAAUGGCAUUUUCUCUUUUUGACCCCCCACAACUCUUACUGCCAAUAGAAGAAAGGUAAGGUGAGAAUGUGGGAGCAUGGCAAGGUGGAAAGUGUUGGGGUCAGAGGUGUGGGCAUUCAUUCAAAGGGCAAAUUGGUCAAGGAACUGGCAUCACUGCUGACUGGACUGCAUCCUAUAUGAAUGUGUAUGUGUAGUUUUUUGUGGGUUUGGGGGGCUAUGUGGCCAUGUUCUGGAAGAGUUUAUUCCUGAUGUUUCACCAGCA